GCUCAGAAAGCAGAGACUGAGAAUUACAGUGGAAGCGGAGAGUCCGAGAAGAAGCUGAAACUUCCCUGUAGACGCUCCUGCGCAGACUCCUCCAUGCCCGAGCCGAGCGCUGCUCCGCGGCAGAGCCCGCAGGGAGUCCCCUACACCGACCUACAGCACAUCGUCAACGCCGACGGACUGCACCUGUUCUGCCGCUACUGGGAGCCCGCAGAUGCGCCAAGGGCUCUGGUGUUCAUUGCUCAUGGGGCCGGGGAGCAUUGUGGGCCAUACGAUGAGAUCGCACAGAGACUGAAGGAACUGUCCUUGCUGGUAUUUGCACACGACCACGUUGGCCAUGGUCAGAGUGAAGGAGACAGGAUGAACAUCAAGGACUUUCAGGUUUACAUCAGAGACUCCUUGCAGCACAUUGACCUGAUGAAGUCCCGCCACCCUGACCUGCCUGUCUUCGUCGUGGGUCAUUCAAUGGGUGGUGCUAUCUCCAUCCUGACGGCCUGUGAGAGACCCAGUGAUUUUGCUGGAGUGGUGCUGAUAGCACCAAUGGUCCAGAUGAACCCAGACUCUGCCACACCAUUUAAGGUUUUUCUGGCGAAGGUUCUCAACCACAUGCUGCCCAGCCUCAGUCUGGGCUCCAUCGAGUCCAAAUGGGUCUCACGAGACAAGACACAGGUGGAGGCAUAUGAUACUGAUGAGCUGAACUACCAUGGCGGGAUGCGGGUGUCGUUCGGCAUGCAGCUGAUGGGGGCGGCGGCUCGCAUUGAGAGGGAGAUCCCAUCCAUCAGCUGGCCCUUCCUGCUCCUGCAUGGCGAUGCUGACAAGCUCUGCGAUAUCAGAGGUUCCAAAUUGAUGUACGAGAAAGCUGAGAGCUCAGACAAGAAAUUCAAGAUCUAUGAGGGAGGCUACCAUGCCCUUCACCACGACCUCCCAGAGGUGGCUGAAUCUGUGCUAAAGGAGGCGACCAGCUGGAUUACAGAGCGACUCCCCGCGACAAAAUCACCCCAACCACAAGGCUCCUAGACUCACAACUCGUGCAACACAUUCAGCGCUCCAAGGCAACUGCCAACCUCCUCCCAAGGGGCCUGCUCACUUUUCAGUAGUCUUUCAGGCAUAACUGCAUCACACUCUGGUCUGGGAAAUACAUUUGGGCAUAUAGACUGACAUUUUUCUCAGUAUAAAAAGUGACUUUGUCCUCUGGACAUAUAUUGUACAAAAACCACCAGUCUCUGCAUAUUGAGUAUUCUUAACUAUUCCACUUGGUAGCUAAAAUACUCAGAUUUUUUCCAUAGAAUAUACCCACCCCCACUGUGCAAACUGUGGUUGAAAAUGGAUGAUGGGGUCAGAAACCACUACUUACUAUGGGUCAGUUUCUCUGCAAGAUUUAUGAGCAGGGGUGUGACUCAUUUAUUUUGGCCAGUGAGCUCAUUUGGCUACCAUGUCAUUUUCUCCAUUAGACCUCACUAAAAAUGCAGUUCAAGGAAAGUAAAGCUCCAGUAUGCUGGGGUGCGAAGUGCAAUAAUGAAGUUUCCAUCUCCUCGCUUAUACAUACAGGCCAGAGCCUUCAAAUAGUAAUGACUAAAAUAACGUAAGGCAUUAUUGA